UAUUUUUUUUUUGUUUAAGCUUGUGUCUGAAAAGAUCGAUUCAACAAAUUCAACAACUCUCAAAUUUGACUUUGCAAUAGAAGAAAGUAUUGGAGCUAAUACGACAAUUACAGUUAUAUCGAGAUUAUACCAAGAACUACACCUUGAAGUUUCUGGACCAAAUGGAUUCACUCAAGCACUGUCCAUGAACGGAACGCAAGUAACGAUGCUUAUUAAUGGUAUAGCCGAGGCGGGGUUAUAUCUAUUGACAAUAUCAAUGUCAAACCCCGAUCAAACUAUUGAAUAUUAUGUAAGUUCAACGCCUACAAAACCUGAUAUCAUCAAAAUCUCAACGCAACUUUCUGCGUCAAAGAUUGACGUUUCUUCUGGCGACGUCCCGGUAGCGUUUGCUACUGUUACGAAGGGAUACUCACAAGUAAUCAAUGCAUCGGUAAAAGCACAUAUUGAAGCUGAUAAUAAGCGAUGUACAUUGUCACUUCUCGAUAAUGGACAUGAUCCUGAUGCAUUUGUCGAUGAUGGUGUUUACUCCGGAUACGUGUUUCCUCGUUGUUUAGACUCUGGACGCGUCAACAUUAAGGUUUAUGCAUCUGGACAAAAGGGCAUGACUCGAAUUUCUAGAAAGGUUAUUGGUGCCCCAUCAGUGAUUGAAGAAGAUGAAGAUGAGCCCGAACCUUUUGAUGAAUCAUUUCAACGGGUUCAAGUAAUGGAAGAAUUGUACGUUACUAAAGAUAUCAAUGACGAAGAUUUUACUGAUGUUGUCGCCCCUGGACGAAUUACUGAUGUUGGUAUAUUUCACAUUGUAAAAGAAACAUCCGUGUACGGAGAGAAUAGAAAUUUCACAAUAAGUUGGACUGCAACCGGUGAUGAUAGAAAUCAGGGACGCGCAUCAUCUUAUAUAAUGCGGGUUUCUGAUGACUUCGAUGCGCUUUUAAACAAUUUUGAUUCAGCUGCCAUUUUGAACAUGACAAACACAAGUCUUAUACCUCAAGAGGCUGGUCAAACGGAAGCAAUAAAGUUUGUUGUAGACGCUGAAAAGUCCUACACCGAGACUACAUUUUUCGCUAUACAAGCAGUUGACGAUGCUGGAAACCGAGGGGCAGUGUCAAAUAUCGUCUCUAUAGUAGUUGCAAAAGGAUAUCGUCUGAAAGCAGAGCCAGGAACAUUGAAUAUUAAAAGUGAUGAAAUAGCUACAAUUGCAGAAAAUGACAGUAUCGCGGGCAUAAUUGGGGGCACUGUUGGCGGAACAAUAUGUGGUCUGAUAAUAUGCGUUAUGAUUGUGCUAUUGAGGAAACGUCUGAGAUCAAAGAGUGUUAAGAAUGACAUCGCUUAAGAAGAAUAUGUACGAAGAAUGGAGUUUGACACUUGAAUGAGGGGAAAAAUUAACAAUUUUGAAAAAAAAAUGGUUCAAAUGAUUACACAAUUCAUUUUCCGUCAAUAUAUUAAUCAUCAUUUACAUUUAACAAAAUUCAAAAUCAUCAUAUACAAUAUCCGCAUAAUCCUAAUUAACAACACAAUCAUCUUCAGUAUAAGAACUUAGUCUACCGUAAUUCUAUAGCUGUAUAUCAAAUUAUCUAUCGAAUUUUGUCAUAUCUUUUUCUGUUUCCCAACGGAGACGCAACGGAUACGCAUAUAAAGUUGCCCCUUCAUUCGUCAGACUGUGGUCCGGAUUAUUACUUAUCAACCUCUUGUCUAAAGUUUCUAAGGACAUUUUCACUGACAGGAUUAUCAACGUUAUAAUUUAGUUUAAUAGGUUUUUUCUCAACAUCAGAUGCGUCAAUGUCUUUUUAUUUUCAACUAUUUUGCUUUGCCUUGUCUUAGCAGCAUCAAGUACCAGAAAUUCAAUAUUCUUUUUCUUCUUGUUUCUCUACCAGCAGUCAACAGCAGUAAAGAAUACAUUACUUAUUUACUGUUCAAUAUAAAAAUUAGAAUAAUAUAGUUACGUUCACGGUAUUUCAGUUUGAUUCCUUUCGAACGAGGUAUUCAUCAAUUUUCUCUGAUUGUGAUAUACAAUACACCUUUCUUGCUCUCAAUACUGAAUAAAUACCACCGUUAUUUGUUAUGCAAAUAUCACUAUACUAUCUAAGACUUCAUUCACAGGAAAAACGCACGUGGUGACUUUGAUAUUCCUAUCAUUUGUUAAUAGUGGUAUACAAUCGCACACCUUCAUGGGGUUUUCAAAGCCUUAUAAUAAUAUUAAGUUAAAACGUAGGUAUUUGUGGUCAAAUAAUAUUGAAAGAGAUGUAUUAAUUGCAGUUAAAUAAUUAUAGCUGUACAUUAUCGACAUUAUUCCAUUAAAGACAAUCUUAGAGAUCUUUGUACAACACUGUAAAAAGAUUAUUAUGAUUCUGGAAAGUUUUCCUCAAGUGAGAUGUUAAUGGCUAUGAAUGAAUAAAGUAACAUUUUCAUGUUAUAACAUCAUUUUAUGCUAAGAGAUUUUAUCAUUGUACAUGUUUUAAGUGUUUUUUAACUUAUCAAUGGAAGGGAUAUCUUUAAUGCAUGAUCGUUUUAGGCUUCAUAUUGAAUUUUUGUGUAAAACAUUGGGCAUACUUUUUAAAAAAAAAUUUGCAAGAACACUUACCGAAGGUGUGACAUCUUGAAAAUUAGAUUCCUUCAACUUUCUCCGCCUACUAUGGAAUAUAGUGCGUAGCAUACUGGCUGCGAAAGUAUUUUCAUCACUGUAUGAUUUCCAUGUUUUACAUACAAUAUGAAUAAAAGCCGAUACCUGUU